AAACAGCGUCACAAAAAUGCCAGGAGCCCAAGCAGCAACCUGAACCACAUCUCCCGAGAAUCCUCGGAUAUAAGGCGUCUCGCCAACUUUUACAAGGAGAUUUUUGGUUUUGAGGAAAUUGAAGCCCCAGAUUUCGGAGAAUUCAAGGUGAUAUGGCUAAAUUUGCCUGGGGCUUUUGCUCUUCACCUCAUCGAGAGAAGCCCCGUCACCAAGCUUCCAGAAGGCCCCUACAGCGCCACAUCACCCGUCCUUGACGCCAGCCAUCUCCCCAGAGGUCAUCAUAUCUGCUUCACUGUCGACCAUUUUGACUCCUUUGUGCACACUCUUCAGGACAAGGGAAUACAGACUUUCCAACGGUCCCUGCCCAAUGGGAAGGUCAAACAAGUCUUCUUCUUUGAUCCUGAUGGUAAUGGAUUGGAAGUCGCCAGUAAGAGCAAUGAAUAGGCCAACUCCACCUGUGGCUGUGGUAUAAAAUAUGUUGUCAAAGUAGGCUGAGGGAAAAUGUUUGAACAUAUGUUGUAUUUUGAGACUCUAAUAAUCACGUACUUUAGGAUUGCUCGGGAUUGUAUACAUGCAUGUUAUUGAUUCUUAAUCUUCUCUACCUAUCAACAAAUGCAAAUACAUAGAAACAAGAAAUCAACCGAAGUUUUUAGUACAGGUCAUGAGUGGCCUCCAUCUUGUACCAUUUGUUAGCUGAGUAAAUUUGAUGUGCAUUGAAACUAGAAUGAUUGACUUUAA